GCUUGUUGAAAAGUAUGAAUACCAUCAAGGUAGUUUUGUUUCUACAGAGUCUAUCGUGCAGGGUAUAAAAGACAUAUGGUCAGAUUCAGAGAUUCAAGAUAAGUCUAUACCGUCCGUUAUUGGAAAAAUAAUUGCCCAAGCAUGGGGGGAAAAUGUAAUCAAAUGCAAGGAAUCUGGGAAAAAUCAGUCGGGAUACAAAAACCUGCGUGUACGAUUUGUAGAGAGCGACAAUAAACUUGGAAUUACAAAGUUCGACGAAGAAACUGUUGAUGCUAUACGUGCAAUAUGCAACAAAAACGAAGGUUGGAUUAUUGAUGUUGUGUCUCAAGAGAAAAAAGCAAUGUCCUUAUUAAAAGCUCCUCAUUUCAAGCAUGAAGAAGAAGGCACAUCUAUUAUUGUGGACGGUCGACGUGUUUUAAUGGAGCUCAAUAUCAACCUAUAUCCCGUAGUAAACAUGACUCUACGAACCCACGACAAACCAGUGCCACUUGAAGAUAUCUUGGAUUGUUUUAGAAAUGACGGUUCAGUCUCUCUUCAUGCCAUAGAUACUGUACUUCACAUCCUUAAUGCAGUAUCCCUAUAUGCCUAGGAGCAGAAAUUCCUUUUCAUCGCAGUGAGGAAGACAGUGAGCUGCAGCUUCCUGUCCUCGGUUCUCGACUUGCACACGUCGCAUUUUCCAAUGGCAAUGUCGGUACAAAGCGAUUAAUUUCAUCGUCGUGUUUGCUCCUGGUGACCGUUGGUACCUUAUGCCAAAAUUGUGUUUAUGCUAACAAGUUACAUUGCAAUAGAGCAAGCAAGCGGAAGCGUGCCGAACAGACUGAAACCAAUUCAAAUAAACGCAACGAAAGAUAUUUGAACAGGAGUGGUUUGGAAAAUAAAAUCUACCUUCAAAAGAAGCAACAGAGAACCAGCAGCAGUGCUAAGCUGAUCACGGAAGAUCAAUUGUUGACAUUUGCGGAAAGCGAUCAUAAUGAUUUGUUACGGAUAUCAGAGGAAAUUGAUAAGUCAAGGAUUCCUGAAGACAUGCAGUUAUUAUGGGAUAUGCAAAUGAAGCAGUUGGUAGGAAAAUCGCCAAAAGGUCAUCGUUGGCAUCCCCGGUAAGUUCAGUAUUUUGCUUAUCUAUAAGGUAAAUUGUAUUAUUGCAGUUUUAUAAUUACUGGCUGCACCUGCAUAAAAUUACUUUCGACAUGACUUUAUUUUAAAUUAUUAUUUGCUUGUGUAAUUGUAUACUAUAUAUAAAGAAUAUAUGAUUUGCAAUAUACAACUAACGCUUGGAAUUAUAAAGUUUUCAAGAAGUUCCAUUGUUUUUCUAGAAUUGUCAGAUUAGCAUUGGACAUGUAUGUGAAAAACCCGCAUGUGUUGGACACACUACGACAGUUCGUUAUUCUUCCAAGUAACCGUCUUAUCAGGUAUACUGUAAUAAGGUUUUGUGUAAUAAGGUUUUGUGUUCUUGAGGUAAUUGCUACUUAUAUUAAAUUUAGAAAUAAUUAGUAAACUUUAAUUUCCGUGCGUAAAUGUACACGUGAAAAAAGUUUAAUUUAACUGGAACUCAGCUUGCAUUCAAGCACCCAAAAUCCAACUUCCGUUGGAUUUUGGACACGAGCGGUCAUAUAUAUGCACAACGCACGUGGCUGAUACAAUAGUAAUUACAACUGUAUAGCAGAACGUUUGGUUUAGGUAUUACAAGAAUGCCGUAACGCAAGAAGCUGGAUGGAACAAGGAAGUGAUCGAGUGGUGUAGAAGAGAGGCAGAACGGCGGCAGUUUAAGCCUGCAGACUACUGGGGAGGUUUCAUCUUAGACGAAAUGAAAAUCCAGGUGCGAAGGAAUCUUCAUAUAUGACAUUGACCAUUGUAUAUAUGAAGAAUAUAAAUACUAGUCGCGUAAAUAUAAUUCAUUUUCAUGUACUUUUCCGUUCAAAGGAGGAUUUGCAAAUGGCUGUUAGGAACGGGCAACAUACACUUGUUGGUCUUGUUUCUCUGGGAGGACUUUACGAAGACAUGAAACUUAUUGAGACAGGUAAUUAUAAAUUAUUUACACGUUUAAUCUUAUAAGUUAUUUUCUUAAUUCAAAACAAUGAAAGGGAAGCAUAGUGUUAUUUUUUCUCCCCCUUGAUUUUAUAUAGAAAAAAUGGAGACAAAGUCACAGAUUGCCACCCACCUGCUUCAAUAUGUCUUUCUCAGUGACUGUGGGUUCCGAUUCCCACUAGCUCAUUUCCCUACGACAACAUGUCCCCCAGCAGUGUUAUACCUUCAGUUUUGGGAAGGUGUUUUACAAAUGAAGAAGGCUGGUUUCAGGUAAUGCAAAAACUAAGAGGCUUAUUUUCGAAGCUCACCGAGUGAGACUACAUGAGUUUAACAAUGGAUGAUUCCAACUAUAGCCUAUAUAGACUAAAUUUUGAUCCAAACAAGAAGAAUAAAAUCUAUCAUUAUAGCUUAAAAGAACAUCCCUGAAUUAGUAAAAGGAACUGAAAUGGCCAAAUUUAAUUGGUUGCAAAAUCAGCCAAAAUGUUGUAAAAUACGGAAAAUAUAUCCCUGUAAAAUUAGCAAAUUUUGAGUAUUUUAGUAUUACGUGCGGAAAAGCGCUUUUGAGCCGAAAGUGGUGCAUUUUUCCGCGCGUAAUACUAAAAUACUUAAAAUUUGCUAAUUUUACAGGGAUAUGUUUUCCGUAUACUUUGCAACAUUUCGCAAGUAAACUUUGCAAUUUUACUAAUUUUAGGAUGCUCUUUUGAGGUAGAUAGAUUUCGUUUUUCUAGCAAGUUACAGCGAGUAUGCCGGAUUUAUAUCAGGAAAUACUAGUAUCCCAAAGGUCGUGGGUUUGAUUCAUAUACCGUUGUCAGGCUAGCUUUUCAGCCUGCUCGGUGUGGAUAUACACUCAGAGUAACAUCAAAAACAUGAAAUAUAUAGUUAACUUAAGAUUAUCGAUCAGAAAAAAUCAUUGAGUAUCACAAUGAAAAAUAAUUCAAAUUUUAUCUUUACAUCCUUAGCAUAUACCACGCAAUUUGUGAUGGUGGUGAAUCAAAUCGACAAUUUAUCAACAUGCACUUCACAAGUUACAGUCCGGCUGAAAUGAAUUUCAUAGCCUACAACAUGAUCACUGAAGAUCCCAUGGUGUUUCAAAUGGACUGUAAGGUACACUCUAUGUUAAUUUAUAGGCCAUUUUUGAAAGACUGCAUCUUUUAUGGACCGCUAGAUGCACCCCUAUAAAAUAUAUACGGUGUGUUCACAUGAAAAUGUCAAUAACUGUGAAUAACGAUCAAGCAGUACAUGAUUUAGACUUGUUUCUAUGUGUUUUACCAGCACAACAUCAAGAAACUACGUAACAACGUAGAGAAGUGCUCUCCAACAGGGUCAACAAGAUGCUUGAAGAAUGGUGAUGACAACAUAUUCUGGCAGCACUGGAAAGAUGCUUACUUGUGGGACCAAGCCUGCAACUCAUGCCCGCUUCAUGAGAAAUUGAAAGAAGAACAUUUUCAACUGACGCCAAGCUCUCGCAUGCGAAACGGCUUAGCUGAAGACGUUUUGGACAAGAAGAUGUUGUAUUUAAUGAAAGUAAGUAAAUGAAGAACGUUCGGGAACUGUAGGAAUAAUCAACAAAGAAUUUUAUUAGCUACAACCAUACAGGCAAAUUAUUUUAGCAAUAUCUGAAAUAACAAAGAACUGUUACGCUCUCUUUGUAGGCGUACAAGAAUCAUCUGGAACGUACUGGUGACAAAAAACAUGCAUCAGAUUUAGAUGGGGUAAUCUUGUUUUUAGAGCACACAAGCUUUAUAGUAGAGUUUUUUUCAAGCAAACAGCAAAUUUACGAUGCUAAUGAUACUCGUCUUCAGAAAUUACGGUCAAUUUUAUCCUAUUUAUCGAAAUGGAAAGAUGGGAUUUCAAAGAAUGACGAAUUUGUGUCCUCGAAACUAUGGUUUGAUUUGCAAGCAAUGAUUCUCGGUAUAAUCUCAUUAGUAAGAAUAAAGCUAAAACGAUUUCCAGGAUCCACUAUCAAGCCUGCUAUUCUAAAUCAAGACGUCAUGGUGGAGAAUCAUUUUUGCCAGCUGAGAGCAGCAAACGGCCAAAACGAGAACCCGACAUACCGACUAACACAGGCGACACAAAAUGCAAUAAUCUUUGGCGAAAGAACAAUUAGUAGUAAAUGUAACACUGGUGCCGCUGUUAGCAAUACGUUCACAGAUCUACCAAGAGAAAGACUAUUUUCCGCGAAAGAGAGUGAUAAAGGUCAAAAGUCUAAAAUUUGCCUUACUCUAUAG